AUUUGAGAGUCGCAGACGAGAAGUGCAUAGAACGCUCCCCAAUAGAAAUGAUGUUAUUUUCAUCAUUAUAACCUCAAGGCGUCUAUAAAUGAAAAGGGGAGGGAACUGCUAAGUACCCUGCUAAGCAGCUCUGGGCCAUGGAAGAUUCACUCAGUCUUUUUGAAGAUGCUGUGCACUAUUUGGAUAUCAGUGGAAACUUGAAAAUUAUCAAAGAAACAGCUUGGAAAUUCAAAAAAUUAGCAAUGGAGAUGUUGGUGUACAGAUUUGACAUUACUGUCAAUGUUAUAGAUCUAAUGGAAUUGAGUGUUUCCCUUGGACAUCUUCUUCUGUACCAUCCCAUCAAAGCUAAUGCAUUGUUCCAGCAGGUCAUUUGUACAGCAGUAUCAGAGCUCAAUCUAUUAUCCCCCCACAUUUCAGGAAAUCAGAUUUCUGUCAGAACAAAGCUGACAUCACUGCCAAGAUCUAGAGCAACAGAAGUUAAAACCUACAGUCAGUUGAGCUCCAUGGGUCCUGGCUACAUCUGCUGCACAGGUGUGAUCAUAGGAAAGUCCGAGACAUCCAAAUACACUCAAAGUACCAGAUACAUUUGCCCAAACCAGUCUUGUGAAGGAAAUGCAGGAAACCAUUUCAUCAGAAUACAUGUUCCAGGGGCUCGGGAAUUUGAGACUAUCAGAAAAGAUUUCAAAUGCAAAUUUUGUGGACAGAUACUGGAAGAGGUUGUAUCAUGCAGGCAUCUUUCUGAUAAAAUGAUAGCAGAUAUAAUUCCAGAAUAUUAUCUGAAGAGUCACCACCAGUUGCGGUUCAAACAGCAGACAAUUACAUUGGUGGUGAGAGAUGAAUUGACAGUUACUCUGAGAAUAGGACAGAAGUACACAUUUAUUGGAAUAGUUAGAAGAGAUUCCUACUCAGACAAGAUGAUCACUGCCAUUGAGGUUAACAGUGCUCUUGAGGAUUUCAUUUUAGAAAAUGCAAGCAUACCAAGGAGCAUAGACAAUUAUCUCAAAUAUAAAAGAGAGUACAGCUUUAGCAAAGUUCUUGCUUACUUUUUUGGAGGUCAGAUAUCUGCCCCUGGAACUUUCAUGAAGCUGAAGUUGUCAUGUUUACUAAGUUUGGCAGCAAUAUUAUCAAACAAGCAGAUCCAACCUAUUCACAUCUUGGCAGUGGGAAGGGACACUGAAAUUUUGCAUAGACUGUUCCAGUAUGCGAUGCAGUUUACCCAAAGAAGUGUGGGAUAUUCCUCUGGUAACCACCUAGCAUCCAAAGUUGUUCCAGAUAGAUAUAAUUCUUCCAAUUAUUUCAUUGAAGGGGGUUCACUAUUGAUAGCAAGUGAAGGAGUCUGUUACAUGGGAAACAUCACCAAAUUCAAAAAGCAAACCUUGGAGAGGCUUCAAUCUGCUUUGUCCAGUGGAAAGGUAUUGAUUGAUGUUGACAGCAAGUUUACCAAAGGUCAAGCAGUAUCUAUUGAGCAAACUCUUAGUACAACUGUCUGGGCCAAUGCUGAAAAGUUGUACACUAAGAAACCUAAAGAGGACCUUCUCUUUACUGGGGACUGCUCAGUUCCAAAAAAUCUCUUUGAAUCCUUCAGCAUUGUUCAGAUCACUGAUGGGGAGGAAUUCUCACAUAAUGAAGAAGUGGAUUUUCACAUUUCCUACCAGUCACUGAAAAUGUCAAUGGAAGACGAGGGAAGCAGUUUCAAUAUUCCUGUGUCCUUUGAUGAUUUUGAGCAGUAUUUUAAGCAUAUACAGAAAAUUGAUGUGAGGAUAAGUCCAGAGGCUGAAAAACUCCUGAACAGAUAUUAUCUUGCAACAAGAAAAGCUAGAAACUUGUCUGAUGGCAGUGUUAUAUCAUCUAGCACAUUAUCAACAUUAAUAGCCCUUGCUCAAAGUCAUGCCCGUCUUUGUCUGCGGAAUGUGGUAGAAGAAGAGGAUGCACUAGAAGUCAUCCAGCUGCAUGAAGAGUCCCUGACAAUUAUGUUUGGUCCCUCCAUACUGAGUGUUCCUUCUAUGCCACACAUUCCAGGAAAUCUUCUAGAAGAGUAUCUAGAUAAUCAGAAAAACAAGUCUGCCUUACAAAGGUUUAAAGCCAGGCUUCAGCAAUUUUAUGGACUGCAUCCAGGACAUGAGGAAUGACACAAUUUCUGAGAAAUGAAAUGGUAAAGAUAUAUAUGUACAUGCAUAAUUACUGGUAUCAGUUUUAAGACCUUUGAAACUUAAAAUGUUACAAAAAGAAAUUGGCAAUUUGAAUUUUUUAUGGUAUUAAGCAUAAAUGUAGUGUUAAUGUUAAACAAGACUACGGUAAACUUAACAUGGGUGAUAUCACCCAUUGACAUGAACAUACAUGUAUAAUAUUGCAACAAUCAAACCUGAAGGUUUGGUCUCAUUAACUUAAGAUUCUUAAGAAACAAUUUUAUCCAAUAUUUCUGAAACAAACUAACCAUAAGGUACCGUAAUUGUCCUUUAAGCAAUUUUUCAUUUAACUCUCAACCCCCAUUGUUGCAAAUUGGCUCUGAAGUUAUGAUUCAAAAGAAAUUAAAA